AUGAUACUGAGUUGUUUGGUGGCCGCAUCGGCCAGCGACUUCAACCAAGAUGUGGAGAUGACUUGGGGCGGCGACCGUGCUAAGAUAUUGAAAGGCGGUCGGCUUCUCACUCUUUCUCUCGACAAGUUCUCAGGCUCUGGCUUUCAAUCCAAGAGAGAGUACCUCUUCGGCAGGAUUGAUAUACACAUCAAGCUUGUCGCCGGCUAG